AUGGAGGCAAAAUUACCACAGAAAAAGUACUACAGGCAGAGGGCACAUUCAAACCCGAUUUCAGAUCAUAAUUUGGAUUAUCCUGUGCAUCCUGAUGCAAUGGACUGGUCUGUUUAUUAUCCUCAGUUCUGUCAGCCUAUCACAUCAACUAAUGAUAAAGAUAGGGAAGAAAUAAAGACAUCAAGUAGUAAACACCAAGUUAAAUUUGCAGAUAUUGGUUGUGGCUAUGGAGGCUUGUUAGUUAAAUUAUCUCCCCUGUUUCCUGAAACUUUAAUGUUAGGAAUGGAGAUCAGAGUAAAAGUAUCAGAUUUUGUAAAAGAUAGAAUAGAAGCCUUAAGACUACAACAUCCUGGUGACUAUCAGAAUAUAGCUUGUAUUAGAUCUAAUGCCAUGAAAUAUUUACCUAACUUCUUUCAUAAAGGACAGUUGUCAAAGAUGUUUUUCUUGUUCCCUGAUCCACAUUUUAAGAAAACUAAACAUAAAUGGAGGAUUAUCAGUACCACAUUGUUAGCUGAAUAUGCUUAUGUUUUACAAGAAGGGGGUUUAGUUUAUACUAUAACUGAUGUUAAAGAUUUACAUGAUUGGAUGGUAGAACAUUUUAUACAAUUCCCCUUAUUUCAACGAGUACCAGAUGAUGAGUUGAAAAGUGACUUAGUGGUAGAGAAGCUUUAUGAUAGUACAGAGGAAGGACAGAAAGUAACAAGAAAUAGUGGGGAUAAAUAUUUAGCUGUAUUUAAAAGAUUGCCGGACAAUUUUAAUAGUCAAACUAGUUGAUAUUAUUUCUUUAGUGGUAUAUUGUACAGUCUGUAAAUAAUUUAACAGUUUUAAUGCACUUGCUUUUUUCACUGCAACAAUUGAGAGAAAAUACAUAUAUAUGUUU